AUGAAGAAGAGCGGUAUAUAUAGCUUAGUGUGCGGGUUCAAUGUCUAGUUCAAUAUAGGGCUCUUGUCAACAUGAAUAAAGUGGUUUUGUUUGGCUUAGUGGCAACUGCCUUGUGUGCGGUGGCGGCUUAUGAGUUUGCAAGCGAUGACUUCAAUGAGUACUUAGCUGAUGAAUUAGACUACUAUAGUACCAUGGAUGUCCCUAUACCAAAACUACGCUUCAGAAGAGAUGAAGAGGCUGUUUCUGACAAAUGCAGGUACCGAAGAAAGAGAUUAUGCUGUGCUGAAACGUCCAUGGAAGAAUUGCAUGAAAAAGAAAAGGAGAUUAAAAGAGAAUGCUUCAAACAAGUCCUGGGUAAAGAGAAAGAACACAGAAUGGAUCCCUUCAAAUGUGAAAAUAUUGAAAAACACAAGAGGGAUAUGAUCUGCGUCAUGCAGUGUGUUGGGCAGAAGAAUGACGUUCUGGACGCUGAUGGUGAUGUGAGAGACGCUGAGUUUGCCGAUUUCGUGAAACAAAGUUUCUCCAAAGACCCAUGGUUUGCCGAAUUCCAAGACACAAUUAUCGAGACAUGCAUUGAUGAAGCCAAAAACGCGACUGAGAUCAGAGAUACAGAGGAUAAAUCUGCUUGUAAUCCAGCUGGCAUAAAGCUAGCGCAUUGUCUCUUCGUUCAGACACAGCUCAAUUGCCCCGAAAGUGAAAUAAAGGAUACAAAGUCUUGCAGCAAACUGAAGGAGAGGAUAAAAGCGAAGUUGUCUGACGGUGUACCUCCUCCGCCUCCAUUUUUGCAUGAGGAAUAACCAUCACUCUGCAGGUUUAUGGGGGAUAUAUCGGUCUUGAGAAUUCACUUACGUAUGAUGUUCAGCUUCUUUAAUUUAUUUUCACAGAUUAUUUACUGUAAGAGCUUCCACUUAAGGAAGAGAAAUAUUUUAAUAAAUGCCAGUAUUAAGAGUA